AUGAGAGACAUGAUGCAAUCACACAUAUUUCGAAAGCCGAGUCUUACAAAUACGGGACUCGGAUACGGGAAAGCAGUCUUCCUUCUCUACAUUGAGGGAAAUAAGAAAAAUGGAUUUGAGGUAGUUAAUCCAUAUAUUUUGGAGGUUGGAUACGCGACGCCAAUGGUUUGA